UAUUGCGUUUAGAAAACUUGAUAAGAUUGAAGCGUCGUGUUUUCGUUGAGACAGAAGAUCGAAGGAGAGAAACUUGCUUCACAACAAAAGAUCAUACGUCCAUAAUAUAAAAUAGUUCUAUGUUUUCGUAUCAGUAUCGAUAGUAUUUCCAUGAAUUCAACGAUUACCAUUAACGACACCGACGAAGAGGUGAUUGAUUUAGACUCAAGCCAAGAUAUUAUCAAUAUUACUGACAAUGACCAAAGUGAAUGUUCAAUUGAGAAAAAUUCAUUACCGGACAACAAUGCGGAUAAGAUGAACGUAACCAAUAAUUAUAUGGAUAAUAAAAAUGAAUCUACAAUGGAAACUUGCGAUAAUGAGAGUAUAUCAACACCACUUUUGAAGGUUAUGUUUCGAGAUGAAAACAUUGCAUGGCAAUAUAGUAAAAGAAUAAAAGUGUUUCUAGAGGAGUUAGUAUCUUCCAAGAUUAAAUGUCAAGAAAAUGAUAAUGGUUUAACGUUAGAAGUUUGGGAUAAUGAUACUGACUCUAUAAGUCAAUCUAUCGAUAUUACGACAGGGAGUGAUGAUAGUCAGGAUAUAAUAUGCGAUACAUUAUUUACUGUAGAUAAACAGCCAAGACCUGGAGAUGACUUUGAUGUUCCAUCUUAUAGUAGGAAAUAUAUAUUAUGUGAUAAUGUGAUUGAUGAUACAAAAUUCGAAUCAAGUAAAUAUCCAGGGGGUAACUCACAAAGGUUUACAUGUUUUAAUUGUUUGGGAAAUCAUAAUUUACGAGAUUGUACAGAACCACGAAAUUAUACUGCUAUAGACGCAAAUCGAAAAAAUUUCAAUAUGAAAGCAAAUUCAAAAGGUGUUAGAUAUCAUUUGGGAAAUAAUCAUAGAUUUGAUCAUAUAAUCCCUGGUCAAUUAAGUAACAAUUUACGUCAUGCACUAGGUCUCAGAAGUAAUGAAUUACCUAGACAUAUAUAUAGAAUGAGGAAGCUUGGUUAUCCUCCAGGAUGGUUAGAAGAGGCACGUUUGCAACAUUCUGGUUUGUCCCUAUUCAAUUCUGAUGGCAUUGCAGAAGAAGAUCCUAAUGAUGAACUAGGACAUAUCGUUGAAGAAAGAGACAGAGAUCAAUAUGAUGUAAAAAAAAUAUAUGACUUUCCUGGUUUCAAUGUACCAGCUCCACCUGGUACUCGAGAUGAGGAUGGGAAAUAUUCCGUAUCAACAAUGUUGACUAUUCAUAGUAAACAAAGAAUGUUGUCAAACUUAAAAGGAAGAACGGCAGACGAUGGAUAUAAGAGAAAAAAACUCAAAGUUUUUAGGAAUACAUCAGAAGACAGUCCAAUUCUAGAACCUACUGAAAUGGAAAUUGAGGAUGUAGAAGAUAGUGCGGUAGAGUGUGUACCUACUAAUGGGCUGUUUGUACCACCAUUGCCACCGGACUCCCCUGUAAAACCACCAGAACCGCUAUUACCACCAGAACCUCUAUUACCACCAGAAUCGUCUGCAAAUCCAUCAGAACCACUAUUAUUACAACCAACAUCAAUAUCUGAGGAUUCAGAUUAUCAUUCUCAAGAGUUACAAUUUUCUAAAACAUUAGAAGACACUGCAUCGACUUCUUUACGAGCGAAUUCUCCGUCGUUAUACGAAUUGGAGAACAUAAAAAAGCAACUACUUGUAGAACUUCAGAAAUCAAACUCAGAUGUUUCAUCAAAAAGCAAUUCUUCGAAUUCAGUAUCAAAAUCUGAUAUGCCACCACCUAGUAAUGAGAUUACUCCAGAAUCAAAUCGUAUCCGUCAAAAUGGAAUUAAUACAAGUCAUGGAAGUGUGAAGUCUAUUGAUUUUGGUACACCUGUAUUACAGAGUACGUCUCCGUAUAACAAAUUGCCACCAUCUGAAAAAUUUUCAAAAAAUAUUUGCAAUUUAAUUAAUUUUGAGAACUUACCUGAUUCAACAGGUAAGUAUGAACAAAUGACUGGGGUUUUGCAGAAAGUAAGACAUACAUUAGCAAAGCUUCAUCAAGAAUAAUUAUAUCUCAUUGCAAUUCAUGAUUGAAAAAAUUAUCAUAUUUUAUAAAUGAGCAAUAAUUCCAUUUUUUGCAAAGGAGCAGAGAUAUAAAUUUCAUUUGAUAUGUUAUAUUUCUAAUUAAAGAAUGACAUAUAUUUUUAUCUGUAGUUAAUCUAAAAUAUAUGGCUUUUUUUAGCAUAAAUCUUAUGUUAGGAAAUGUACAAAUAAUAGGUUUAUUCUUUACUGUUAUACUUAUCUUUCGGAACACAAAAUAUAUCUAACAUAUUUUACGUAAUUUUCGAUUUCCCCUUUUAAUUCACAAUAAUGAACAAAUUCAAAGUUUCAUUGCCCUUUAAUCAUUAUAGAAGGUGCAUUAAAAUUUUUCACUUUCUACUUUCUACUUAUGUCUGGAAAAAGAAAAAGCUUAUAAUUUUAAACAAAAUUUCAUAACGUCUCACUUAUAAAAAGUACAAAUACAUACUAUUUUUCUAUUAAUUAGUGGCAUUUUCUCGCGUGAUACAUUGUGACUGAACAUAAACUAUUUCAUAUUCAUCAAAAAACAUUUUAAACUUUAUUUUCUUGUGAAUUAUACUUAUCACCAUACAUUGCACAUUUCUUCUACAUGUCCAGUUCGUUUUAAAAUUGGUAAAUAUUUUUAUCCAUUUAUGAAAAUGUACAAAUUCAAUAUAUGCAUUUAAAACAUUUGUUCAGUUGUCGUGACUGUUUAUAAAUAAUUAUUUUCUUUAACAUGUUUACUAGCACGCGGAAUGUGAAACAUCUAUCAUCCUUUAGCUUUACUAGUCUUACACACUAUGCCACACAUUUCCAUUUUUGCACAUACACAAUAUACUAAACUAAAUAGACAAAGCAAACAUUAUAUGGUAUGACACAGACGUGAUACUAGUUUUUAGCUAUAAUAUUCAGAAUUUAUACACUUUACUUAUUUAUGUGAUUUGAAAAUAAAAAAUCAUAUCUGUCACAGUGGUCUCUCAGAAUAGUAUAUACAUCAUACAUACGUACAUACAUAUGCACACACAUAUAUAUCAUGGUGGUAAUAAACGUGUUAAUAAAUAAUUGAAUAAUUAAUUUUCUUUACUUAUCAAUAUCUGUUGCAUGUUUUACAUGCCACAGGUUCUAUAAACAUAGAAUUAAAAUUUAAAUUAUUGUUAAUUAAAGAAUUUAUUUUUGCUAUUUUUAUAUGGAAAUUUUCAUUCAUGUUUUCUAAUUAGAAGAUUAAUAAUAGCAAAAAGUUUACCAAUUCUAAAAGAUACUGUGUACAUAUGUAAAUAAAGAAAGGAAUGUCUUAUGUUUUGUAAUAAUAAUAACAAAAUACUAACAGAGGCAAGUCAAUGCUAUGUUUAAAGUGUAUGACAUUUAUUUUCCUCUCUAAAAAAUUCGAUUAUUUCUAGCAUAUUUGCAUAGUACAAAAUGUAAAUGACGUGAGAACAGAAUUUGAUUUAAAAACAAAAAUUGAAAAAUAUUACUAAAACUAUAAUUUUUAAAACUAAUCUCUUAUAUUCUCGAUGUACACGGUGUCUGAAAAUAAUUUGUCACGAGCAUCGUAGGGUUAUUCUAUUGUGAAACUCUAGCUCGGUGAAGAUUACGAAAAAAGUGGCGGCAAUAUUGACUUUGAUCUUGAAUUUCAAGGUUAAAAGUUUUACUGCAUCGUAUUUUACUCGUUAUAAGGAUUAACCCUUUGCACUUGAGAGGCGAUUCUUAGUCGUUAUAGCGUUCCAUGUAACAACUCGAAAGGAGAAUAAGAGGCGACAGUCCCUGUUUAUGCUAGAUUUCGACCUCUCCAAUUGAUGAGAACGCAGUAUUGGUUCGUAAAUAGAUUCCUUAGCUCUUUAUAUUGUUUGUUAUGAAGUGUGAAGUGUUACACUUUAAGAUGGAGAUGAAAUACUUGUGCUCAAAUUCUUCCAAAACUAUGGUUCUGGCAACGUCUCCGACGUUAGUUCACAUUCGACGAUCAUGCCAGAAGUAUUAUAGUUUUGUAAAUUUAGAAGCUCUAAAAAAAUGGAUUUGGAAAUUUCUUUAAUUAAUUCAUAUAUUCUAUAAAAAAGCAAAAGAACGAAAGGCCACUGAACCAUUUGCGAUUUAUAAAAACUUUAGUAGACCAGUUGAGAGGAGAUAUUCGACAACCGUGAGAUCGAGCUUCGACGUUGACUGCUAAGUGUGAUGAAAUUCGGUUAAAUGGAGAGCUUCAUGUAAUUUUAAAAAAGGUUUGUAAGGUGUGUUCUUACCGAUACAAAGCAGGAGAAAGACACGAAACAACUUAUUAUUGCGAUACUUCUCCCGACAAGCCAAGGAUGCAUCUUGGCACAUGUUUUAUAAAUUAUCGUAAAAAAAAAUACAGAAAAUGACAUGUUCAAAGAUGUAAAUAUAUAUAGAUUAUUAAAAUAUGUUUUUUUAAGUUAAUUUUUGUAUAAAAUCAUUUUAUAUUACCUACAAGACACUCGUCAUAUACGCGCAAAAUCACCUCGAGUUGCUGCUACGACCGAAAAGGCCGUCGAGUGCAGACUCAAAGAAACUAUGGAUCGUAAAUCACCUUCACAGUCCUCUUGGAAAAAAAUGUUAAAGUUUCAUAAAUUUUCGAAUUCACAUUAUUUGUAAUGUACUUAUAUUUUGAAGUCAGAUGCAUUAAUCUUUUAAUGUAUUACAUUAGAAUUUUUAAUCUAUUACAUUAAAAUUACAGAUUAAUCUAUGACAAAAAGAAGCAACAGUGGAAAGUAUGAACCAGAGACGGUUUACGAAUAUUUGCAACGCAACAGUGACCUUCGCUGCGAUCAUGUAUUGCUUAGAAUCGAUGUCACGAUAUAGUAAGGUAGUAUGAUUCCCUCUCCAAGCAAUGUCUUUUUCUUAUCGGCCUGCGUUAUCUCAGACGCUUUACAAAAUCGACAGCUAUAUAUCAGAUAUAUAUCGCGUAUAUCAGAUAAUUACAAAUAAGGUGACUUCUAAAGUUAAUUAACAUCUUUUUUUCAAGAGAACGAUCGAGUGCGACCCAUAGUUCCUUUGAGACUUUCGAUCCUCGCGAUAUAGUAUAGAAUAGAAAUAUAGAAUAUAAUGCAAUUAAAAAAUGACACUGAAUUUGAAGGUCCAGGUUAAUUUUACAGCUACUUUUUUUGUAGAUCUUCACUGAUCCAGUGGUGUAGAAUGCUAUGAUGCACGUAAUAAAUAUUUUCUUAAAGAAAUAGCACGUAUUGUAGCAUUUAAUAUACGUACAUUAAAUAUUCAUAAAUAUGUAGUUAGAAAAUAGUGUAUAAAUUCCAUAAGAUUACUUACCAUUACACAUAUUUUAUCUUUUUUGUGAAAUACACGUAUAUUUAUAAUAAUUUUUUGUGAUAAUUCAGUCUCGCACAUGGAGAAAUAUUAUAUAAUUACAAUACACAUUUUCUUCAAACGAUAUAAAUUACUAAUCUUAAGCAAAUGGAAAUAUAUAUUGUUAUUCAGUUGGAAAAUAAUAAUACUGUGUUUUUCAAGAAACAAAACAUUAAAACCUUACUAAUAUUCCACAUUGUUAUGACAUCUUAAUCUGUUCCUUUGUUACAAAAUAAAGUAAACAAUGAAAACAUAUAUAAAAUACAAUGCAUGUUUAUUGUUACAAAUAAGACGAAGGAAUGUACAACAAUUAAAAAAGAAAUAUUUCAUUUUUCACAUUCACUAUGCAAGCAUGGAUUACAUUAAAUUUUAUUUUUAAAUCAUUUUGUGUAUGGUAAAACCAUUAGGAUUCAAAUAGGGCUCCAACAUAAUAGAUCAUACAGAAUAGCACAAAUAAUGUAAUUCAACAAAAACUAUUGGGAUACUGUUUCCAAUGUUUAAUUUUUGUACUGAACAACAUGAAACUGUAAUACUAUUAUAUUUAGUUUUCCAAUCCUAUUAUAAAAGGAAAAAGAUUGCCUCAAUUCAUUGUAUUGUUUUUAAUAUAUAUUGUACGCCUCUAUCCUUACAAUCCCUCAAAACUAACAUAAAAAGCAUAAAUAAACGGCAAUAUAUUUUAAUUCGUCGUUACAUAGUUUUUUAAUUCAUCAACAAAUUUUAAUCUACAAAAUUCAAUUACAUCUCCUACGAAACUUUAUCGAAUUUAAUAUAAAUACUAGAAUACAAUACCUUUAUCGAAUUACAGGUACUCAGGCUAUUUACAAUAACGAAUAUCAAAAUACAUUUUUAACGAUUUUUUCCCUAUGAUAUACAAUAUGUGCAAUCAUAGUAACAACAUGACGAAAAACUUCUUAUUAUUCCAGUUUAAAAAUUAUAAUUUCAAUGUUAAAACUGUCACAUAUUCGUAAAAGACUAUUUCCAACAGCCUGUGACACAACAUCGGAGAUUCGGUUACGUAUUAUAUUUAACGAAAAUAAUCUCGUUAAAUUAUAUUUUUUUCUUUUGCACAGGUCCCCUGACACGUGAUAGAUAUUAAUAAGUAAAACUGUAGAAAUUAAAAUGGGUAUGUGUAUACUCGUUAAAGUGUAUAAAUAUAAUCAUUCUCAAACCUGUGAAAGGAAGUUAUAGUUCUUAUUUGGUUAGAUUAAAUAUAUACUAGUUAUAUUUUAUAAAUCGAAUGAAUGAAUUAAUUAUUCUUUCUCCAGUUCUCCUGUUAUCAUAAGUUUGGCAGAU